ACAUAGCUAGACUACAAACAAUUAUUAAUCACAAAGAUGGAAACAAAAUUAAGACCACUUUGCUUAAUUGCAUUUAUUGCAUUGGUAACAUUGGUCUCAAAAGGAAAUGCUCAAGAUAGCUCUUGUUUAAACAAGCUAGCACCUUGCUUAAACUACCUUAGUGGGACUAAAAAUCCACCUGAUAGCUGUUGUGAUCCACUGAAAUCUAUGAUUGAAUCGGAUGCAACAUGCUUAUGUAGCUUGGUAAGUAAUAAAGGCACAAGACAAGCUGAGAAAGCUGGCAUUAAUAUUAGUGAUGCUCAGAGUUUGCCAGGGAGAUGUGGUCAGCAUGUUAAUCCAUUGUCAUGCCUCUCAAAUUCCCCUGGCUCCAAGAACUCAGAUAACAACUCAGCAACCAAGUUGAUGAAUGUGUCCUGGCUGGUCAUGAUAAUUUCAGCUGUGUUAACUAUUAUACACAUGUUAUCGGUGUCAACCUAAAGACUUACUAGUGAUUAUGUGUUGCAGAAAAUGUUGAUGGCCAGAUUGAAUAUUUUCACUUUCUUGAAGUUAAUAUUUUUUUUCUU